UUCUUUCCCAAUCACUAGCUUACACAUCUCAAAAACUGUGCCAUUUUGGCCAAUACACAAAAAUCACAAUGUCUUUUCCUCUCCGUAAUUCCAAUUUCAUCAUUAACACUCUCCUCAUCCUCAUUACACCACUUCUCUUCAUCAUCUCAACCUCUCCCACAACAACCUCAUCAUCACCAUUUCCCAUCAAUGUCUGGCCCAAGCCAACAACCUUCCGGUGGCCCCACCCGCGGCGGGCCCUCCUCCUCUCCCCCGCCUUCUCCAUCUCCUCCCCCAACCACCGCCACCUCGCCGCCGCCGCAACCCGCUACCUCCGCUUAAUCCACACCGAGCACCACCGCCCUCUAGUACCCCCGCCCGCCGCCCUCGUCAACGCCUCCGCCGCCCCGCUGCAGGCGCUUUCAGUCCACGUCUCGGACCUCACCGCGCCCCUCGCCCACGGCGCCGACGAGUCCUACUCCCUGACGGUCCCCGCCGGCGGCGGCGCCGCCCGUCUGACGGCGAGGACCGUGUGGGGCGCCAUGCGGGGGCUGGAGACUUUCUCGCAGCUGGUGUGGGGGGACCCCUCGGCGGUGGCCGUCGGCGUCGAUAUCGAGGACUCGCCGGAUUACGGACACCGAGGGGUCAUGCUUGACACGUCGAGGAAUUACUAUCCGGUGGAGGACAUACUGAGAACCAUCGCAGCCAUGAGCGCCAACAAGCUGAACGUGUUCCAUUGGCACAUCACGGACUCGCACUCGUUUCCGCUGGUUGUGCCGUCGGAGCCGGAGCUGGCGGCGAAAGGGUCGUACGGGUCGGACAUGGUCUACACUCCGGAUGAUGUCAAGAGGAUUGUGGAGUUUGGGUUUGACCACGGCGUCAGGGUUGUGCCGGAGAUUGAUUCACCAGCCCACACAGGAUCAUGGGCAGAAGCAUAUCCAGACAUAGUGACAUGCGCAAACAAAUUCUGGUGGCCCGCAGGCGCCAAGUGGGAGGACCGCUUUGCCUCAGAGCCAGGCACAGGCCAACUCAACCCUCUCAAACCCAACACCUACAAAGUCCUCCGAAACCUCAUAAACGACGUCGUUCGCCUCUUCCCCGAACCGUUCUUCCACGCCGGCGCCGAUGAGAUCAAUCCCAACUGCUGGAAGUCCGAUCCCACCGUCCAUUCCUUUUUAUCCAACGGCGGGACUCUCUCUCAACUUCUCGAGAUUUUCGUCAACAAAACUUUACCCGAGGUCGUUUCUCGCAACAAAACCGUCGUCUAUUGGGAGGACGUUUUGUUAAGCGACGUCGUAAAGGUUGACUCCAAGUUUCUUCCCAAGGAGAGUGUCGUCCUACAGACGUGGAACAACGGCCACAACAACACGAAACGCAUCGUUUCGUCGGGGUAUCGGGUUAUCGUGUCGUCGGCGGAGUUUUACUACUUGGAUUGCGGUCAUGGAGACUUUUUGGGGAAUAAUAGUGCGUCCGACGACCAAUCGGGUAGUACGACGGGGAAUGGCGGGUCGUGGUGCGGUCCGUUUAAGACAUGGCAGGUUAUUUACAAUUAUGACAUUGACUAUGGGCUGAGUGAGGAGGAGAAGAGGCUGGUGCUCGGCGGGGAAGUGGCGCUGUGGUCAGAGCAGGCGGACGGGACGGUUCUCGAUUCAAGGGUUUGGCCGCGGGCGUCGGCGAUGGCGGAGACGCUGUGGUCCGGGAACCGGGACGAGAGCGGGAAGAAGCGGUACGCGGAGGCGACGGAUAGGUUGAAUGAGUGGCGGAGUAGGAUGGUGAGGAGGGGAGUUGGGGCUGAGCCAAUUCAGCCUCUUUGGUGUGUUAGAAAUACAGGGAUGUGUAACACUGUUAACGUUGCUUAGUGA